AUGCAGGAGAACUAUGAGACGGUGGUCUUGCUGGGGUUUCCGAUUACCAAACCUGAUUUGAUCUCGCAGCUGGAACGAGGGGAAGAACCAUGCGUCCUGGAUCUCCAGGGCUCUGAGACAAAAGUGCUCCUGAGAGCUGCCUGCACAGGGAGUCACCUAUGUCUGGAUUCUCUCUGCAUCCCAUCAGGUGAUGGGAUGGUGUGUGAGAAUGAGGCAAAACCCCAGCAGGAAGAUGAUGAGCAAGUAGGAUACUAUGGAAUAUUAUCAGGAAGCUCCAAAGGGAAUGAUUCCGGGAAUGAUUCCAGGAGUUGUGCACUCCCAGAAAAAACAUAAGCCUGUGAGAGUCAACAUAGGCCAGAGGAAGACUCCAGUAGCCACUCAGACCUUAUUACACGUGAGAGCAUCAACUUGAAAAAGACAUGCUACACAUGCCAUGAGCGUGGGAAAAGCUUCAUUGGGAGUUCAACUGUCAUCUUCCAUCAGCAAAUCCACACAGGAGAGACACCCUACACAUGCUCUAAGUGCGGGAAAAGCUUCAAUCAGAGCUCUGCCCUGGUCAG